AUGGACAACGAGAACGUAAACAAUCAACUUAACCUCGUAGAAGACGAAGACGAGAACGCGAGAAGAAUAAGAGAGAUCAACCUUCAAUCUCUCCAGACGCAACAGGCAAUAAAUGAUUUGCGCAUGCUCAUUGCCGAUCUAAGAGAGCGUCCAAUAUGCGCUCCUCGACGCAUCCAACACGGAGCCAUGCGCCGCGAAAAUGGAGGACGUUUACACUGUGCCUUCUGUAACGCCGACGGACAACAUCAAUCGGACUCCUGUCCUCAGGUGAGAGAUGGAGAAUCAAGAAGGCAGAUUUUGGACUCGGAGAGACGCUGCCACACGUGUUUCGCGGUUCUUCGUAUCGCAUGCCCUGGGGACAGGAGGUGCAGGAGAUGGGCAAAUCCGUGCUAUCACUGCCGCGCCUAUGGACACCACUCUGCAAUAUGCGAACUGCCGGAUCGAAGCGAUGUCGUUAUGUGGAGACGCUUACAACGCGCACGAGAAGCUCUCCGAUCCGCAGAAGCCAGACUCGAAAGACUGCGCGGGGAUCUGCGAAUCUUGCUCUAA